AUGGCAUUUGGUUUCAGAACACCCAAGGUGGUGCAGCAGUUUGGAGCUGCAGCCCGAGACCACUGCAGAUCCAAUGCCGGCAUUCAGGCAGAGGUUUUGCAGGGUGAAGGGUCAGCCAACACCUAUGAGAAGGCGGGAACGGGGUCUGUGAUAAACAUCACGUUUAUGAGCCCAACCCUAACCAGAACGUCAGCAUGGCAAGUCUCAGAUAUCUAUACCGGUAGUGACCAUCGGGCCAUCACCAUGGAAAUAAGAGACGGGCGAUUUAAACGCAAAAACACCAAUGUGUCCACCGGGUUCCGAGUGUCCACCCUCGACCCGCAAGCCCUGAUCUCAAUGAUGAAAGGCCUCGCGUAUGACGAGCGUAAGAACGCCAAUGAAAAUGCGAUAUGCAUAAAGAAAGCGACUAAUGGCGGUAAUGGGUGUCCACCGGUGUAUUGGUGGACCGAUGCCAUUGCCAAGGCGCGCAGGAAGUACCACCAGGCACGAAGGCAAUAUAUGCGGUCUCGAGGUAGGCCGAACUUCGCCUCACUCCAACGCCUCUACAAAUCCUUGCGGUCGGCUCUUAAAAAGAAGAUCUCCGCGAGCAAAAAACAAUGCUUCGCAAAACUAUGCGAUGACGCAAACGCACGUCCCUGGGGUACAGCGUACAAGCUGGUAAUGGGGAAGUUGGCAGCCUUCAGCCAGCCCACCCCAACAUGUCCUGAGCAGCUCAGCAACAUAGUGGCGCACCUCUUCCCGCCGAGUGUAGCACUGCAGCCACAGCAAGAACCCUCCCCGCUACAAAGUGUUAACAUUUCCAAGUUCAAAAAUGCUGCAGAAGUCUUGGCUGAAGUUAAGAGAAUCAAAGUCGAAAAGGCCCCUGGCCCAGAUAUGAUUCCUAACAAGGCAUUAAAGAUCAUAAUGACGGAGAGAUUAGAGAUCUUCGUCAGGCUCUUCAAUGCCUGUUUCGCUCAGAGAACGUUCCCUGAAGCCUGGAAAAUGCGGGGACUGGUACUGUUACCCAAGGGCAAUCAAAAUGAUAACCUUGCGGCCUAUAGACCACUCUGCAUUCUUAACACAGUUGCAAAGAUAUACGAGAGGCUCAUCUGCAACCGAAUCGAAGUAGCUCUAUCUGAGGGUCCGGGCUUAUCCCAAUAUGACGCGAUCGGGCUGGUGCACAAACUGGCCUCUGAGGCAAUCCAGGGAGCACGUUGGCGAGGUGGUAGCAAAAAAUACUGCCUUGUCCCCAGCUAUCUGGUGGACAUAGUCUCAGAGUAUCUUAGCAACAGACAGCUUCUUACGAUACUGAGGAGGGCCGUCGAAGCUAUGCAGUUUCAGCAGGUGUUCCUCAGGGCUCGGUCCUGGGUCCUACCCUCUGGAACUGCAUGUACGACGGAAUACUCAACCUACAGCUCCCUGAAGGAGCUACGAUCGUUGGCUUCGCAGACGAUAUUGCUGUCGUCGCAGUAG